UUACCUUUCACAGUUCGUUUUGCUUUUCGCUUUUGAGUUUUGAAUCGGUUUUUAUUCGUCCGAUUUAUUGCAAAGCUGAAAUUCAGAUUCUAACGUGGUGAAAACUGAAAGGAUUUUGGUUUGCUUACAUGACUUCAUUUACGUACGCUGAAAACAGUGAAACGUUAUUUGAGAUCGAAACCGCAACAUGUUUUGCCGUCGAGCAGAAGACCUGAUACGCAGUUUGGCUCGCGCACCAGACGAAACCAUCCCUCCUUAUAAUGCAGAAGCGGUUAGACUGAUUUGCGAGGAAAUCGCCACUAUUCACGAAAACAAUGUCGAAGACAGUGGACGUCGAGAAAGCCUUUUAGCAGCAUCUCAAGAUAAAGCUGCAGAAGACCUGAAGAAUGCCAUCAGUUUUCGUCAUCUCGCGAAGGAACGCAACCUGCGCUGUUUGAUUGCGUACCAUUAUAAUCGACUAGAACGGCUGCGAAAUUUACGCUGGUCGUUCGGAGGUAUUCUUCCGCGAGAUGUGCGGGCCGCGCUGUCGGAGAAGGAGGUGGAAUGGUUCAACAGCUACAACACAUUGCUUACUGGUUUUAUGCAAGAUAACAGCGGACUUAAUUUACCAGCUCAUCAAAAGCCACCACAAGACCUCUACAUUCACGUGAGAGUUCUCAAAGACUUCGGGGAAUAUCAACUGGAAGAUGGAAGCUGCAUCCAGUUGACCAAGAACACUCGGCACGUCCUGCCAUUAAUGGAAUGCGAAGAUCUUAUCCGUCAAGGAAUUCUUGAGCACGUGGUCAAUUAAAUCUUGUUCAGUAUUCACUAUUUAAAAGUUUACGCGCUGUUUACUCACUUUUAAAGCUCUCAUGUGCUUCGCAAAGCUUCAUUUUGUAUCGAAAUUUUCCGUACAAUUCGCUUUUCAAUUUUGAAUGAUGAAAAUAGUACUAUUGAAUGUUGAUACACAAUAUGCUUGUUACAAAUAGUUAAAUGCCGACGAUG